AUGGAGCUGGCUUGUGCCAAUGAGCAGUGCUCAUACCUGGUGCACCGAACUGAGCCCUUCGGUGGAUUCUGCUGCAAGAGAUGCCAUCAGUCCUGGAGCUCUGGUCGCCCAGCUCAACAUGGCUUUCUCUGUGAGCAGCGCUCCGCGCAGCGACACGCAGCCCGAGCUCCGCCGAACCAGCCGCAGGACCCCCUUCCAGCCCUGAAAAGAAGGCGGAAGGCGCAGCAAGUGCCACUUCAAGAGCCCCCGGCAAGGUCGCUUCAAGAGCCCGCAUCCUCGGCUUCCUCCACGCCUUCUGCACCAACGGCACCAGCGGCACCCGCGUCUCUGCGACCAGCACCUGCUGACGUGUCGCCAGAGGCGCCACCUCCGCAGCCGGUGCCACGAGAACCUGCAGCACCGGAACUGCCGCGACUUGGGCUGGCAACUCGGCCGACACUUCUCUGGGACAGCGGCUGGGCUGACAACUUGAUCCGGCGUUGCACUCAACACCUGGCGUUUGCCUCGAGGGCGCUCCAGAAACCGAAAACUGAAGAGACGGUGGCUGCUGUUCCUGCUGUGAUAGCCAGGGCGCUUCAGAAGCCGAAAACUGAAGAGACGGUGGCUGCUGUUUCCUCUGUGAUAGACAUAAAUGACGACGACGACGACUCUCCGGUGCUGUCGCGGCGGACUCCCAACGAGUUGGUAAGGGGCGGCGUGAAACGAAGAUGGCUGGGGCUUGCGCCGAACACUACUAGACCUCUUCCUUCUGAGCCGUCGCGAUUUCUGAAGACAGAGGUCAAGCAGGAGGUCAAAGGCGAGGUCAAGGAAGAGGUUGGUCUUGAAGACGAGGUGGAGACAGCAGAAGACGAAGAGGCCGAAGACGAGGAAGUGCCUUUGACAACGGGACCGAGCGCAAGCGCCUGA